AUGAAUACUACCGGAGACAAUGAGAAAAGUUGUGAAAGAAAAAAUGACGAUUUAGAAACUCCCAAGGAUGACAGUAUGGCACCUCAGGUUAACUAUUUGAAUAUGUCGAUUUUCUGUAUUAUUAUAGCAUUGUGUGGACUUCCUGUGGGAUGGGAUAUAGGGACGAUUGGAUUCAUAAUCAGCACAGCUACAUUCAAAGAGACAUAUGGUAAUUCGAUGGAAGGUGAGGCAAGCAUAUCGUCCCUCAUGGUUGGUAUUAUUAUAUCGAGCUUUAAUUUGGGUUGUUUGAUUGGGUGUUUGGGGUUAAGCAAAUUAACUUCGAAGAUUGGCUUCAAAGGUACCAUAUUUACAGGAAACUUUAUCUAUUUACUUGGAAGUGUUAUUCAGAUAUUAUCUGGAUGGUUUCAAUUGAACGUAUGGUUAAUGAUUCUAGGGCGAGUUAGCUGUGGCAUUUGUUGCGGAGCAUUAUGUGUUCUUGUACCCAGGUACUUGAAUCAGCUAAUAAUUGUUCCAAGGAAAGAUAUGUACUUAUCGUUUUUCCAGACUUCUAUUUGUAUGGCAAUUCUUGGUGGAAACUUGGCUAAUUUUGUGUUGAAACAUGAUUAUUUGAAAAUAUUGUCAUGCCAAUUGUCGAUUGUUCUUAUGACUUCUUGUUUGACUGUUUUUCUUCCGGAAUCUCACCAUUAUUACGUUUCGAAGAAUGAACUUGAUAAAGCAUUUCAGGUAGUGAGGAGGCUUCAUGUGAAAAUUUCCGAUGAUCAAGUAAUACAGUUCAUUGACCAGGUGCCGAUCAUAAAUACCCUUCCCAAUGGAUGGAUCAAAGACAAAAAAUAUUAUAAACCAUUGAUUCAAUGCUGUGUCAUGAUGUUAUUUCAACAGUUAACGGGAAUUAACUACUUCUUCUAUUAUGGAAGUAUUAUUUUCAGCUCACUAGCCAUAAAUACGACGAUAGUCAGCAUAAUCAUGAGCGUUGUUAAUUUGGUGGGCUCUUUAAUGUCCAACAUCAUUAUUGGUAAAUUCGGAAGAAUACAGCUUCUUCUCAUGAUCGGGUCGGCCAUUAUGAGUUUAUUACUUACCAUCUACAUGAUCUUGGCAUACAUAUCUACGCCUGGUACAUUAGCAGGCAUGGUGCUAAUUACCUGCCUUUUUAUUGCAUCUUUUGCAACUACUUGGGGGCCCAUACCGGGAAUUUUGGUCACCAGGAUAUCAUGCAAUAGUAAUGAUAUAAUUGGUCUAGCCAAUUGUGUGAAUUAUAUUGCGAAUUGUCUCAUUACUGUCAUAACGCCCAUAAUGAUUAGUGCCGUCGGGUUUAAUUUUUCGCUCCUAUUCAUUAUAAGCCUUAUUUUACUGGUCAUCUACAUCUACUAUAUGUCAAGUUUAUGA